AUGUCUGAAAAAUGUAAACAAAUUGAAGAAAUAAUAGAAUUAGAUUUAGGAAAUAAUUCAAAUUCUACUUCAAGUUUAUCCAAAGAAAAUGGAAGUGAUGUUUGGAAGCAUUUUGAUAAAUUUAAGGAUGAUAAUAACAUUUUACGGGCUAAAUGCAAAUAUUGUGAUAAAGGUACAUAUAACAUGAGUAGCUCAAAUUCAUCAACUGGAAAUUUGAAAAAACAUCUUAAAUUACAUCCGGAUAAAACAAAAGAUUCAACUAUAAAGCAAGCAAACUUUAUGAUUAAAUUUUUAAAUGAUGAUAAGUCAAAAAAUGUAUUUUCCAAUAAAACUUUUCGUGAAAAGUUAGCUAUAUGGAUUGCUGUUGAUGAUCAACCAUUUACAAUAAUUGAAUGUCCUGAAUUUCAAGAUUUAUUAAAUUUUUGUAAUUCAGAAAUAUGUAUGCUAACAGCUGAUACGAUUAAAAGUGAUAUUUCAAAAUU